AUGGCUAUGGAAGAGAACUCUCCUGGCCGUGUCUCCACUCAGCCACACCAUCAUCGUGAUAUGAAUUGUAAAACUCCAAAUCUGGCCAAAUGCAAUGGGUAUUCUGCUUCUUUCUCAUCUCCAGACUGCGCUGGCAGUAGUCACCCGCACCCGCUAUUGCUCGAUUUCAUAAAUGCAAGGAGCAUCCGGCCGCUAUUCUCCUUGCCAGUUUGCGUGUUUUUUUUUAGCUUUUCACUCUUCCUUGCCACUUGGCAUCCUCAACUGCUUCAAAUCCACGAGCGACAGUGCCGUGUAGGAACGGCUGACCUGAUCCACUGCCCCGAGACGACGGUGCACUGGCCGUCGAAGGUGGAUUGGGAUACACGGAGUCCCGAGUCCAAUAUUCCACACUGA